CUUUUGUCAUCAACAGUCAGUCAGUCACUCCUCUUUCUGAAACUUGAAUCUAAUCACCACCAGAUGCAACCCUAACUUCUUCAACAUGCCCACCACCACUCUCCACUUCCUCCUCCUCCUCCUAAUCACCACCGCUACCGCCACCGCCACCACCCUAAUUCCCGGCCUAGACUCCUUCCUGUCUCAACAAUUCCACAAAGACCCAAAAUCCACAAACGACACCUUCUCCUCUCUCCCUUCUUCCAUCAAAACCUCACUCACUUCCCACUCCGCCCCUCCCCGCCUCCCCUCCUUAAUCACUUCCCUCCUCUCCCUCUCCGUCCCUCUCUCCCUCCACAUCCGCCUCGUCGGCGCCUCCACUUUCCCCCCCGAUUCCGCCUCUCUCCUCCACUCCUUCCUCUCCUCCACCCAAUCCUCCGAUCAUUUCCAUCUGAUCUCCUCCGACCACGCCAACCACCACCGCCUCGCCGUCAAACACUCUCCCCAUCUUGACAUCUCCCACGCCGCCUCCUCCCUCUCCUCCCGCCUCUCUGACGCCCUCACCUCCGCUCUCUCCGCCGCCCCUUCCUCCCUCCGGUCGCCGCUUUUGUCGGUAUCCUACAGCGUAAUUGAUGACAUAAUUAAGCAAGAUUAUGAGAAGGAAAAACCUGUUCAUGGGAUUUAUAUUUAUUUAAUCUCUUUAGAUAAUUCUUAUAGUAAAAAAAACUAUGCUUAUAGUUAUACACCGGGUGAUUCAUCACCUGGUUUUACCAAGUGUCUGGGUACUGUCUGGACUGGUAAAGAGAGGUAUCUUUGGAUUGAUCUCUCUGCUGGUCCUGUGGACUAUGGUCCGGCUUUAUCCGGGGACGGGGUUUUGCCCAAAGGCGAGUUUCAUCCUCUAGCGACAAUGCACGGGAGACCCAAGUCGCAGAAGGCGAUGCUUGCGGAUUUGGGUUCUUUGAUUUGGAGUGCUUAUCAGGUAUUACUUGUGCCCUCUUUGAGAAUUCCUGUUUACUAUGAAACUUCUUUGAUUGUUGAGUUUAUUCAUGUUUAUGGGUCCGGUAAAGACUCGAGUGGUUUGGAUUGGAAAGCUAUUGAGAAGAGUUUUAGAGAUGAGGCUGAUGAGAAUGGGUUAUUGUUUGGUGAUCAGUCUUUAGUUUUUAGGAAUUAUGGGAUUAAUUAUGCGGAAUGUUCGAUUUGUUCGUUUACUGUUUCGAGGUCUAUUAAUUCGUUUACUUCUAGGUUUUUGUUUGAUAAUUACACGUUGAUAGUGAGUGAGUAUUUGGACUCAAAAAAGUUGCAUCAGAUAUUGUCUGAAUCUGCUGAGGAGUUUAGGAGGAUGGCUGGAGUUCCUGAGGAGGAAUUUGGUAGGGUGCUUCCAGUUUAUGUGUUUGAUUUGGAUUAUAAUACGUUAUUGCUGCUUGAUCGCUAUCAUCAGUCGGUUGCAUUUAGAGAUAUGGUUAUUGCUGUGAGAACAAAGACUACUCAGACUGUGAGCGACUAUAGCUGCAAUGGACGUCAUGUGUUUACACAUACUAGGGAGCUUGAGCGACCACUUGUUGGUUCAAUUUUACAGAGUAUGUGGGGAGUUUCGCCUACCCAUUUGUCCUGGAGUUCAAGGCAUAAUAAUACGUUGGUAGAUUAUACUUGGAGUGUUGGGCAAACUCCCUUUGGGCCCUUCUCAGAGACUUCGUCUCUUUCUUUUGUCCAGAUGGAUGCAGCUCGGAGAAAUGUUCUUUUGACGGCUCUGAAUUACACUAUAACAAGUGCCAUUGAUGUGCUUGAAUCUAUAGCAAAUCAUGGGGGUGACAGGAAACUACUUAAACAGAAUCAACAUAUUGAGUUUGUACAGAGAUGGAGCCUGUUCAAAUACAAGCUGGAUAAAACAGUUUCUGCAAUGUCUCGUUUGGACUUCGAAAUGGCUUUGUAUUACAUCAGGUCCUCAGAGCAUGAUCUGUAUUCUAUUCAUUCGCUUGUAUACCAUGCUUCUCAAGAAUUGGAGGCGUCACUACUUUGUUUCAAGGAUCCACCUUUUCCAUGGGGCUCAGUUUCGUUGUCUGCAAUAAGUUUCUUUGCACUAUUUUACGUGUAUGUCAAAAGAGACAGAUUUUUUAGAAAUAAAAGAAAGCAGUUCUGACGUUAUGUAGUGGAAUAGAAUUUUGUAUCAUUUGAACACAAUACAAAACAUGUAUGUCUCCAAGAGAGGUGAGUCUCAAAGUCAGAAAUUAGAAUUCAGUUGGCUCAACAUUCUCACUGCAGUCAUAGCUGAUUUUUCCCUGUUAGUUGGUUGUUUUGUUUUUAUGUUGUAAUUUUGCAAAUUUCUCAGAGGAUGCCUUGGAACUUUUGAUGCUU